AUGGAGCUGUUCGCAGAUGUCACCCCGCGGACUGCGGAGAAUUUCCGCCAAUUCUGCACUGGUGAGACCAAGGGCCCCAAGGGACAGCCUCAAGGCUACAAGGGAAGCAAGUUCCAUCGAGUGAUCAAAGAUUUCAUGAUCCAAGGUGGUGAUUUCAUCAAUGGCGAUGGAACUGGGUCCUGCACCAUUUACGGCACCUCCAAAUUUGCCGACGAAAACUUCACUCUGGCCCAUGAUCGUCCCGGCCUGUUGAGCAUGGCAAACUCCGGUCCCAAUACGAAUGGCUGUCAAUUCUUUAUCACAACGACAUCCACCCCUUUCUUGAACAAUAAGCAUGUGGUCUUUGGUCAAGUGAUUGACGGCAUGGACAUUGUCAAGAUGCUAGAGCACACUCGCACCACCAAAGACAAGCCCAACCAGGAUGUUACCAUCGUGCAGUGCGGAGAAAUGUGA